AUGUCCAACAUCAAACCUUACGAUAUCUCAGUCCAACAGACAGCAAUCGAUCGGUUGCAGCAGAAGCUCGCUCUAAUCGAUUUCCCUGACGAGCUCGAUGACGCAGGCUGGGAUUACGGCGCAUCUCUGCCCGAAGUCAAGAGAUUGAUCACUUACUGGCAGAAUGACUACGACUGGCGCAAACAUGAAGCAAAGCUGAACGAACUACCAAACUGCACCACUGGCAUUGAGGUCGUUGGGUUUGGCGAAUUGCAAAUUCAUUUCAUCCAUCAAGAGAGCUCGGUCAAGAACGCCGUGCCUCUACUGUUCUGCCACGGAUGGCCAGGAAACUUCACCGAGGUGAGCAAGGUGUUGCCUUUGCUGGCUGACACCAAGGAUGGCGCACCUGCUUUCAACGUCGUAGCACCUUCGCUUCCAAACUUUGCUUUCUCGCAAGGAGUCAAGAAGCGAGGCUUUGGCAUUGCGCAAUAUGCCGAAGUCUGCCACAAGCUGAUGUUGAAGCUGGGUUACAAGCAGUACGCAACUCAAGGCGGCGACUGGGGCUUCUGGGUCACAAGAACGAUGGGUCAUCUUUACCCAGAAGCAUGCAAAGCUUCCCACGUCAACAUGACCCCACCAGCCAUGGAUACCAACCUCACAGCUGCUCUCAACGACAAGUCCUCGUUUACCAAGCAGGAGCACGAAUCAUUGCAACGUCUAGCCAAGUUCCGCUCAGACGGCGCGGGUUAUAGUACCGAACAAUGCACUCGACCCCAAACCAUCGGUUACGGACUCCAUGACUCUCCAGUCCUUUUACUCUCCUGGAUCUUUGAGAAACUCCACGAUUGGUCCGAUGAUUAUCCCUGGACUGCCGACGAGAUUCUGACUUGGGUGAGUAUGUAUUGGUUCUCUACUGCUGGCCCUGCAGCCAAUGUACGCAUCUAUUACGAGGCGAAGCACAAUGCAUCAGGCGACGAUGAUAUGGAGAUGAUGAAGGUGGCUACUGGUCAUGUACCACAUGUCAAGCUCGGUGUCAUGUACAACUGGAAGGAUAUGGAGACGUCUCCGAAGGCUUGGGUGAGGAAGAUGGGAGACGUGGUCUUCGAGAGCGAUAACGAUAGCGGCGGUCACUUUGCUGCUUGGGAGAAGCCAGAGCACGUGGCUAGAGAUCUCAAGAACAUGUUUGGAAAGGGUGCUGAGGCUGCAGAAGCCUUGAGUGAUGCGAACGGCUAUGAUGAUUGA